AUGGCUGCCCCUAUUGCUCCUAUUGUCGGCUCUCUCAAGCGACGAAUCUUUUUCGAUAUUACCACUGGUCUGACCCUUGGAUUCUCCGCCGGUGCCCUCUGGUGGUUUGGUUACCACAAGCCCACCGUUGCUGCCAAGGAUGCUUGGUACGCCGCCCGUGAGCAGGAGAAGAACAACCAGUAG